UCAUUUUAUAGUAACAUAUUUCGAGUUUAUCAAAGUCCUGCUAACCAUGGAGAUAAAACCAGUGGUUUUCUUGCUUUUGCACUUAUUGGUAGGUCUUUCUGAAGGCUAUAAGUUGGCUCAGAUCUCCAAUGACAUGGCAGGCGUGGUAUCGGAGCAUCAGUGUGCUGGCGAUAACAGUCGCCAGGAACCCUCGGAAAGUCAUUGUGACAUCAAGAUGGACGGCAAGACGAAAAUGAGGGCCUCCAGCAUUGCCCAGAAGGCGGCCAAGGAGGCCAAGGACGCCUCCGAUGCCCAGUUGGAGGCGGGAGAGGCGGCUGCCCGCCAGGUGAAGCAGCAGCUGGCCGACAAGGCACAGGCCGCGGCCAAGGCGGCGGAGGCGGCUCUGGCCGGGAAGCAACAGGUCGUGGAGCAACUGGAGUCCGAGGUGCGGGAGGGCGAACUGGUGGUGCAGGAGGAGAGCACCCUGCUGCAGACCACCCAAACCACCUGUGCCGCUGCGGGACAGGCCGCCAAACAGGCCACUGAGCAGCUGAAGACCAUCACGCUGGCGGUGAAGAAUGCCCAGGAUAACGCGGUCAACUCCGAGCAGGUGGCCAAUGGAGCCCAGCAGGAGCUGGCCGAGAAGCAGCAGCUCGUGGAUGCGGCCAAGAAGCGGGUGGAGCUGCUCCUCCGCCAGCUGGACCUGGCCAGGCAAGACUUCAAGAGCACCAAGAACGCGGCCGAAAAAGCAGCCUGUGCCGCCCAAGAAGCCAGGCAAAGGGCCACCCGGGAGCGACGGCGGGCGGAACUGAGGCACAUCCUGCGUCUCCAGAGGGGACGCACCCACUGAGACACCCACUCUGGUUUAUAUU